GCCGCGGUUCCCGGCCGGGCGGGCGCCAUGGCGCGGGAAGCCGCCUUCGUGCUGCGCUACCUGGCCGAGGUGGAGGAGCUGGCGGAGGAGGUGCUGGCGGGGCGGCGGCAGAUUGUGGACUUGGAUCUAAAGCGGAAUCAGAACCGAGAAGCUCUCAGGGCUUUGCAGAAGGACCCAGACCCUUCUGAUAAAGCAAUGGUUUGCUUUGGAAACAUGUUUAUUCAGCUUCCAAAAUCAAAGACUAAGGAAAUGAUUCAGAAAGAUCAGGAGCACUUGGACGAGGAAAUAAACCAACUUCGGAAAGAGCUGAGAGUGAAGGUCAACCGUCUCUUUGAAGCUCAAGGUAAACCUGAGCUGAAAGGAUUUAACUUGAACUCCAUGACCCAUGAGGAAAUGAGAGCAAUCAAUCAGAUACUGGAAGGACAAAACUAGACCUUCAUCGUAGAGACUUCAGUGUUGCUGAUAAGGUGCAUUCAGACUCACUCACAGUGCAAAAUCUGUGGACAAUCCCCAGAUUUCUUGUGAAGACAUAUUUACUCCUGGUAUCUCUCGAGUGGUACAUUUCCUAAGAACCAUUUGGCUUCUGAAAUCUUUUCAUGGUAGUAAUCAUUCAACUCCAGUGUUGGUCAUGGAUUAGACACUGCAAUUUGCAGACACAAGUGCUAGAACACUGGCCCUUUUAGUUAUUUGACAGCCUGCCAUCCCUGGGGUGGGAGUGAGAUUCUCAGAAUCAGAGGAGCAGGACAUUCCUAACUGCAUCUCUUUUAUGUAUGAACUUCUGUAACUUGGCUCCACAGCUAGUGCAUUCUAUUGCCAGGGAAGGGAGUAGGAGGAAAAGAACUGUGAAUCUAUAGUGUCUUCAAAAAAUAAAUAAAGAAACUUUGAGUUGUGUAAGC